AUGGCGAAAUUCCCUUCCAGGCCAGUGUCGCUCACCCUGCAUCCUGCAAAGCUACCACAGCCCAACAUUCCAGACGACCUUGACCAUGUCCGCAUAACUUCUGAAGGCCUCCAACGGCUGGACUGUCUAUCUGUCAGCGAUCUCACCGAAGAUGCAAUCUGGCGGGAUACCUGUGCAUUGACUGGCACGUUACGUACAUUCUACUCUGCAAAGUUGCUGUUGAAAGUAUGGCAGCAACUAUACUCGAAGCACUCACCAACAGAUUUCUCAAUCAACCCAAAAACCUCGCGUGUGAUCAGACUUGGACCGCAUGGAGCGUGGGUUGAGUCCAUGUUCACAUUCAAAACUCAUGGACCUUAUCCCGCAACCUGUUCUGGUAUCAUCGGUCUUGUGCCAGCAAAUGACGAACAAACGAGAUGGAAAAUUUGGCUUCUCAGUACCAUACUCGAACGAAUACAUGGUCAACCGGACGUCGAGUACUUGCAGCCUCUCAAGCCUGAACACAGCCAAACCGAGCCGAGGAUAGGGGAGUGUGAGUGCCGGCAGAGAAGUUGUACGAACGGCCACACCGCAACACCAUCCCAGUACGAAUGCAUAGUCGUCGGCGGCAGCAUAACUGGUCUCUGCAUGGCUGCUCGCCUCCAAGCAAUGGGAAUAUCAUACCUCCUCGUGGAGAAGCAUGACAAUGUCGGGGAUAAUUGGACACAGGAUCGUUACCACUCGCUGAAACUGCAUACUUCGAAAUGCUUCAAUCAGAUGCCAUACGAGCCACGGACAUUUCGCGAGGAGCAUCCGUAUCACCUUGGAACGUCAGAUCUUGCUGAUGGGUUCCAGAGGUUUGUCGACACAUUCGGGAUUAAUUGUAUGCUGGGAACGGAGCUGCGGGCUGGAACGCAUGACCCGGCAACAGAUCGCUGGACUUUGAAACUGAAGCAGGGCGAAGAGACUGUUACGAUCAGCGCGAACCAUUGUGUUCUCGCCGUCGGGAACAUGGGCAUUAAACCGCAGAUGCCAACCUAUCCGGGACGAGAACUCUUCCAAGGCGAAGUCAUGCACGGCAUUCAAUGGCGCAACGCAGAUCGAUGGAGGGGACAGAAAAAACGCGGUGUGUGUAUUGGUUCGGCCAAUACAGCUCACGGGGUCAUCGCCGACAUGGCAAACGCAGGCUUCGCAUCCGUCACCAUGAUCCAACGAAGCCGAACGUUCCUUCUCCCAAGCUCCACCUUCGGCGCUCUCGUCGACCCAGUAUACAACUACGAAACGCCCUUACCGCUGUCAGAUCGCAUGCUCCUGGGCUAUCCACUUCCCGUGAAGCGUCUAAUGGCUAAGGCGGGAAUCAAGAUGUGCGCUGAUGCUAACCCGAAGUACUUCGAUGAGAUGGAGGCCCGAGGCUGGGAGAUAGAGCGGGAUGGAGAUCUCUGGGGAAUGAUGUAUGACCGUGAAGGCGGCCACUUCUUCGACACUAGCUCUGGGAAACACAUAGCAAACGGGUCGGUGAAAGUUAUCUGCAACGCACUACCCGUUGCAUAUACGCCCACGGGCCUCGAAAUGAGCGAUGGCACGCACCUUGACGCCGAUGUCAUCAUCUUCGCCACAGGUUAUACUGGCACCCUGCGCGAUACUGCAACGAAGAUAUUCGGCGAUGAAAUUGGGAACAAGUUGGAGGAGUUUUGGCAGUGUGACGAGGAGGGUGAGAGUCGUGGGGCGUGGAAGUUUACGGGGCAUCCGAAACUGUGGUACACGGGCCACGGCUUUGCGCAUGCGAGAUACUACAGUCGGUUCGUGGCGAUUCAUAUCAAAGCUGAGCUUGAGGGGCGGCCGUUGGAGACGUAUACGGACACGCCGUCUGUGUGAGCGUGUCUGAUCACGCCCAUGAGGCUCAACCAUCACGAGGAAAGACAUCCUACCCUCCAGCGUCGAGCCUCCUGGUUCGACCCCCUCACGAUCCUCCCCCUGGCCCUCUUCUCAUCAAAACACUCCUCAUGACUCCCCCGAUACGUACGCAACUUCAAAGAUUGACUCUCGAGCAUACACGAAGCAGAAGCUCUGCUGGAGAGUGGCAUCAGUUGCUUGAAUUAUUCUUAAUGC